CAAAAGGUUUAAGUGUUUUUUUUUUGUUUGUUGGGGGGGCGGGGGGGUUAAUUCUGAUUACAUGAUGGAUGAAGUUGUUAGCGAAAGCGUAUCAUCCAUGACAGAAUAAAUAGAGAGAAAAGCAAGAAGAAGAACAAAAGUGUUAAAGAGAGUGUGUUUGGGGGUAUUGCAAAGAUAAUAUUUUUAUUGGGGAAAAAAAAGAAUGGGGAGAGGUAGGGUUGAGUUGAAGAGAAUUGAGAACAAGAUUAACAGGCAAGUAACUUUUGCUAAGAGAAGGAAUGGGCUUUUGAAGAAAGCCUAUGAGCUUUCCGUUCUUUGUGAUGCAGAGGUUGCUCUCAUCAUCUUCUCCAAUAGGGGAAAACUGUACGAGUUUUGCAGUAGUUCAAGCAUGAUGAAAACAUUGGAGAGGUACCAGAAGUGCAGCCAUGGAGCACCAGAGACAAAUGUUUCAACUAGGGAGGCUCUGGAGCUAAGCAGCCAGCAGGAAUAUCUGAAGCUUAAAGCACGUUAUGAAGCCUUACAAAGGUCCCAAAGGAAUUUACUUGGAGAAGAUCUGGGGCCUUUGAGCAGCAAAGAGCUUGAGUCACUUGAGAGGCAGCUUGAUUCUUCAUUAAAGCUGAUAAGAUCAACGCGGACCCAAUACAUGCUUGAUCAGCUCACUGAUCUGCAACGAAAGGAACAUCUACUUAAUGAAGCUAAUAAGAACCUAAAACAAAGGUUGAUGGAAGGCUACCAAGUACAUUCACUCCAGCUGAAUCCAAAUGCCGAUGACGUCGGCUACGGCCGACAACCAACCCAUCAGCCUCAGGGUGAUGUCUUCUUCCAUCCAUUGGACUGCGAGCCAACGUUACAAAUCGGAUAUCAGCCCGAUACGAUAUCGGCGGUCACCGGGGGCCCGAGUGUGAAUAAUUACAUGACGGGAUGGCUACCAUGACUAUGAUACAUAAAGGAAAAUAGAAGCAAAAGCAUGAAGUGGCAAAUGCAUGAAUGCAUGCAUGCAUGGUGUCCGCAUUCCUUCAUAAGAACAUCAUCAGCACAUUUUAUCAUCUGUUUGCAUGUUAUUUGAUGAAACAAAAUUUGUGUAAUGUGUCAUGGAUUUAAUAUUAACUUUCGUGUCUUUAAUUCUGUAAGCACUGCGCAGCACUCUUUGAAAUAAUGUGGUGGUGUUGUUUGCUUGUAAGAGGGAUUCCAACUCUGACCAUCAUCUGCCUUAUUUAGUUUUAAAUCAACAAAAACAAGCAUUUGUUGUUGCCAUGA